AUAAUGUAUCCAUUUUUAGCAAUAUAAAUAGUCCGGAUAGCCUGUACUCCUUGUAAAUCUGUAAGUUGGAGAAGCACCAUCCUGAAGCUGCCGGGGCCUACAUAUUAUUCCCUGCUACUUUCGAGUCAACGCCAAGCAUAUGUAAAUUCUGAAACUGGUCCGGCAAGCAGAAAUCGAUGUCAAGCAUCAUCAGCGGGGAUAUGCCUUGGGGUAUGGCUGAAAUAGGAGCACCGCAGUCGGUGAUAUGUGGGGGUGGAAGAGUCGACGAGGAUUUUGAUGAUAUUGAAGAUAUUGAAGAUGUUGAAGAUGCAUCCACGGCGCAACCAGUUCAAAGGGAUUUGGAGGAUCCUCAAGCCGAAAUUUACAGAAUAAGUGAGGCUUUUCGUCAAGAAUUCGAGCAACAACCUGCGAGCUCACUUGGCGGAGGUGUUGUUUCGCCUAAGGUCGAUAAAAAAAAUGCCGAUGGAUCGAGGCCCUCGGAAAAUAUCACGAAAAUUGCCGGGGAGCAUUUCGUAAAGCAGCCACCACGUUUGUCUUCAUCAUCUGUCCGGAGCCGUCUCUGAGUUACUGUCUAUACCUACGCAGAAGAGGAGGCUGGAAUAGACCAAAAUCGUCC